AUGCAGUCAUUUCGCCAGUACCGCAACCUGCGUCGCGACCUGGAACAGAGCGUCAAGUUGCACAGUCCCUACGAGGCGGCCGGCGAUCGUCACGACCAGCCGACCGGCGACAUCCUUGAAGAUGCAGACGACGCCAUCUUGGAGCGGCAGCUCUCCUCGGACGACCCCGAAAAGGCCAGGGCCGCGGCCAACAACCACAUCGUCCUUCACACCGGUCAGCGCGCGACUGUCCCCGGCAUCGAUGUCCGCCGGAUGCCCGACAUAUUCGAGCUCCUUGAGAGCAAUCAGGUCUUCAUCGUGGGUUACGAUGGCCCCAAAGACCCUCUGAACCCCAAGAAUUGGUCACUGAGGCGCAAAUGGGGAUGUCUGGGGAUCGUGGGUACCACGGGCUUCCUCGUCGGAUGGUGCUCGUCCAUCGACUCAGGCGUCAUCAAGCAAGGGCAAGAGGCUUUUGGGGUGAGUGAGGUCACUGAAUCUCUGGCCACGGCUCUCUUCCUCUUUGCCUUCGGCUUCGGCGCUCUCUUCUCCGGACCCUUCUCAGAGACCGUGGGACGCAAUCCGGUGUACAUUGUGACGCUGUCACUGAUGAUGGUUUUUAUCAUGGCAUCCGGCUUGGCGCCGAAUCUGGGAGCACAGCUGGCUUUCCGCUUCCUCGCCGGACUCUUCGGCUCGACCCCAAUGACGACCUUCGGAGGCAGCAUGUCAGAUAUAUUCGAUCCUAUGGCCCGCACGUACGCCUUCCCCGUCUGCUGCACGCUCUCGUUCACUGGCCCUUUCCUCGCCCCCAUGGUCGGCGCCUUCAUCGGCCAGAGCAGUCUGGUCAGCUGGCGGUGGUCGGAAUGGAUCUCCCUAAUCCUCGCUGGCCUCAUCACCUCGCUCAUCAUUCUUUUUGUGCCCGAAACGUACGGGCCCAUCCUGCUCCAGUGGAAGGCCCGUCACCUGCGCGACAUCACUGGCGACCAGCGCUUCGUUGCCGAGAUCGAACUGCGGCAGACCUCGCUCGUGACGCGCAUGUUGCAUAGCUGCUCCCGCCCCUUCCACAUGUUCUUCCGCGAAAUCAUGGUGACCCUUUUCACCAUGUACCUGGUGGUUGUCUAUAUUGUCCUCUUCGGCUUCCUGACGGGGUACGAGUUCAUUUACGGAGACACGUACGGCUUCUCCCAGGGCUCCGUCGGCCUCGCCUGGAUCGGCGUCAAUGUCGGCUUCCUCCUCGCCUUUGCGCUGGUGCCGCACAUCUACUUCUCCUACCAAAAGCGGCUUCGGGCUGCCCAGGCAGCCGGGCACGACCACCUCCCGCCCGAGGAGCGGCUGUGGUACGCCAUGUACGGGGCGCCCUGGCUGCCAAUCUCGCUCUUCUGGAUGGGCUGGACGAGCUAUCCGUCGGUGUCGUACUGGUCGCCGCUGGUGGCCUCGGUGGCGUUUGGUUUUGCCGUCCAGGGCAUCUUUAUCUCCAGCUACGCCUACCUGAUUGACACGUACGAGCUCUAUGCCGCCAGCGCGCUCGUCAGCGCCACCUUCUUUCGCUACCUGGCUGCAGGUGCGUUGGUGAUUGUCUCCAUCCCCAUGUAUGGCAAUCUGGGGGUGCAUUGGUCGCUUACCCUGCUGGGCUGCAUCUCCCUCCUCAUGACUCCUGUGCCCUAUGUAUUCUAUUGGUAUGGCUCUCGAAUCCGUCAGCGCACGAGUAAGGCCGCCACGAAGGAUUGA